UGUGCAUAGACACUGAGCAGUGUGCAAUGGCGUCCUUUCCGAUGUAAUACCCCCGUAAACGCUAUUUCUAAUCAAAACGAGUUCACAUGUCAAGAAUUGGUGUUAGUUUAUCGGUAAUAUAAAAAAAACAUUGGCCUCCCGAAAACACGAGCACCUCGAAUUUUGGGUUUCGGAACAAGGCCAUGGGCGUUCCCUAACGUCUGAAUUCCACUGGUUUUGAUACUGUCCUCACAGAAGGAAUCACUGUCCACCUGUAGCUGCGAGAUCUACUUUACUACAAACAGGAAUGGAAAGCGUCCUGGCUCGGGUGGUGGUGAUGAUAGUGGUGGGCGUGAUCGGGGGCGCCGUGGCCAUACUCUUCGUCAGGGCAGAGUCAGAACAAAGGAAGGCGGCCUCCGCAUCCGCUGGUGGAGGGGGGAGCCCUCAGGAACGACCACUGGAGGAUGAUCAGUCGCUCGACAAUCGCUCUAUAAGCGGAGGUAAUGGCAAAGUCGACGAAAUACCGGAGGUGCCAGGAAUCUCCGCCAAGGCCGACAGUGACAUCUCUUAUCUGCGUCAGCAACUACCUCAGAGUCUCGACCAAUCAGAGAAAAGAAUACGGACGCCGUCACAGACAGCUGAUGACGUUUUGGCCGACAGCGGCUUCCUGGACGAGUUGUUAUUAGCAAUCCGGCGAAAGUUACUGUCUUUCCCCGAAGAGGACUUCGAGGAUGGGAAAGAAGUAGGGAGGAAUUUGCGCAGGAAGAAGAGGUACGACAUGGACGCGAUACCGGAGGAGCUGUCGCUCGGCGAGGAAUGGAACGAGAUCGGCAAAACUGAAAGCGUCGACGAUGACGCGACCUGGCAGAGGAGUGGAAACGCCCCCCACCACCACAUCCGCCACUCCCGCAGGAAGAGUCAUCACAGGCGGUACAAGACGACGCCCUCUGAAGGAAUGCACCAGACCGCCAUAGGACGACAGGGGUUGCCGGAGGAAUUGGAAUUUCAGCCCGAGGCGGCUCAUCCUACGGCUCGUCUGGUCGCGCCCUCCGUUGUGAAACCUUCAGAGGAAAAUAGUGUCCCUGGAGCCAAGAGAGUGAACAGCCAAUUUGAUAAUUUGACAAAUGUCAUUAUAAUGGGAAACAUAACACAUCUCAGAACACCUCAUGAUAUCAUUGAAGAUGACGACCUCAUGGCAGCAGAGAUAAGAGAGGCCUUGUUGUUAGCAGUCCCGUUGUCGCUCCUGCUGACGGUGAUCCUGCUGAUUUGCGUCGCCUUCUGCUGCUGCAGAUACAGGAACCACCCGGCGUACAGCGAGCACAUGGCCUAUGCUGCUUACAGGGAAGACGAGGACUACGUGGAGGAAUGUCCCACCGUCAGCACUGGCAUGUGUGACGUCUGCCUUCCGGACAUCUCGUACCAGGCCCACUUAGCCACGAAGAUCAAGAAGAAGAAGAGCAGGCAGCGUCGAGCUUCCGACCAGAUAGAGCUGGUCCUCGGCGGGGAGGCGAUGGACUGCGAUGCCUGCGACGAGGGCCUCAAGUGCCACCCGCCCCUCUACACCUUGUUAUCGAACCUGCCCCCAGGGAGCAGCCUCCUGGAGGACGACUACAGAAGAGAGUCCCCCUUCGAUUCCUUCAGACCUUCUCUGCCAAGGCGCUCUCAAUCUCUAGAGUUCUUGACUGUCUGAAAAAAGAAAGAGAGAAAG